UAAACAGGAGAAUGAUAUAUGGAAUGAGGUGUAUUGGUUGUGGCUUAUCUGGGAUGCAAAGAUUCUGCUCAACAAUGGACAUGCCGAACCCAUAAGCCCGAGGGCUUAUAUUUACCACACAAAAGCCGUCUUGCAUGCUACCAAAGAUGUCGCUGAAUCAACCAUGAAACAAGCUGUUGGCAAGCUCCACAAUUUGAAAAGUAAUCAUAUGGUGAGAAUGGAGUUUUUAAAACUGCUAUAUCAUGUGAUGGUACCUGGCAAAGAAGGGGAUUCUCUUCGUUACAUGGUUGUGUUUCCGGUAAUCUCCAUGGAAACUGCUAAAAUUUUAGAUGUAGAGCCUCUCAAGCCUGGUUUCCAUUAA